AUGGUGGAUCUUUGUGAAGAAAUUGAAGCAUACCCUUUAAGCCCUACAAGCUCAGACCUUUCAGAGGGGCCUGAAAAUGAAGAUAUUAGCUAUGAUGAUCUCAAGAAACGCAUGUGGAGGGACCGGAUUCAUUUACAAAAGCUCAAAGAUCAGAGAAGGGAUGACAUCAAUAAUCAAGAGCCAGGAGCAUCAAAAGGGGUGGAAGAAAUGUCGAAAAGGAAGAAAAUGGCAAGAGCUCAAGACUCCAUUCUCAAAUACAUGGUGAAGAUCAUGGAGGUUUGUGAUGCUCGAGGCUUUGUUUAUGGUAUUGUUCCCGAUAAAGGCAAAGCUGUGACUGGAUCAAGCGAAAGUCUGCGGGAAUGGUGGAAAGAAAAAGUGAAGUUCGACCAAAAUGCGCCAAGUGCCAUAACCGAAUUCUUACCAAAAAUCCUCGAAGAAGCCCUUGUGAAUUUGACCCAAAGUGCUCUCCGAAUUACACCAUCUGAAGAAGAAGAAGAAGUAGGAGAAAAUGAUGAUGGAGGGAUUAUUGACUUGGAUAAAGUUGAGGAUGGUGGUGGUGAGAAAAGGAAAUGCACUUUUGAUAGGGAGAUUAUAGUGGAUGCUUUGUUUGCUUGCCAAUUUUUAGACUGCCCACGAAGCCAUCUAGAAAAGGGAUUUUCCGACAAGAAUUUGAGGACGGAGCAUGAAUCAAACUGUGCUUAUGGAGGAGACAUUGUGAAUGAAGAUGCAAAUACUAAUUAUUUUGGUCAUGGAGGAGCUAGUGAAAUUGUUGGGGAGAGAAGCGCAAAUCAACCAGAUUGGAUGGAUUUGUUGGUUGCGAGAAAUGAUGAAUCAAAUGAUGAUGUUCAAUAUCGGAAUUAUUGGGAAGAAGAUCAUCAUGAGAUUGAUCACCAUCAUCAGCAGCAGCUUAUAAGGUUGGGUGAAAGUACAUAUGAGGAUAACAUGGAUUUGAAUGUGAUUCCAUCACACCAACAAAACUUGGAUCAUAAUAUUCCCCAAGAAGUACUUCUUCAUGCACCUUCAAUUUGGGAUUUGGCAUAUGAAGAGGAAUAUUCACCUUAAUGAGUACAUUUUUCUUCAUUUGUUACACUCCCAAAGGUUAGAGUCUUAGAGAUUAGUCUUUCUUCUUCUUCUUUACAUAUAUUAUUUUAUCUAUCUUUUUUCUCUAAUUUGUUUUAGUGUUUUUUUUUUUAAUCUCUUCUUUCCUGGUUGCCUGAAGAGAUAGAGUGGAG